ACCCGCACAUGACCGAGCGGGGCCGGGCCGGGCCGGGAUGGGGCAGCGCGAUCGGAUGUUCAAGGUGCUGGUGGUGGGGGACGCCACGGUGGGCAAAACCUCGCUGGUUCAGCGCUACGCCAACGACAGCUUCAACCGGCACUACAAAUCCACCGUGGGAGUGGAUUUUGCGCUGAAGGUGGUUCAGUGGUCGGAGUCAGAGACGGUUCGGCUGCAGCUCUGGGACAUUGCAGGGCAGGAACGCUUCACGUCCAUGACCCGGCUGUACUACAGGGAGGCCUCGGCCUGUGUGAUCAUGUUCGAUGUCACCAACACCAGCACCUUCAGCAACAGCCAGAAGUGGAAGCAGGACUUGGACAGCAAACUGCUGCUGCCAGAUGGGAGCCCUGUGCCCUGCCUGCUGCUGGCCAACAAGUGUGACCUUUCCCCGUGGGCAGUGACCAGGGAAGAAAUCGAUCGGUUCAGCAAAGAAAAUGGAUUUUCAGGAUGGGUGGAGACGUCUGUGAAGGAAAACAAGAACAUCAAUGAGUCCAUGAGGGUUCUGAUUGAGAAGAUGAUGUCCUCAUCCACGGGAGAUGGAAGCUCCUCCUCUGCUGGGAGUGGGGAUUACAUCAACAUCAAGGAGACCUCCCCUCCAGGCUGGGCCUGCUGCUAAAGCCACUGACACUCCAUCCCCUCAGCUCCAGCUCUGACGGGCUUCUCAUCACCAUCACCAUCAUCAUCAUCACCUUUCCCUAAACUCUCACUGGUUUGGGGUUUUUCCCACUAUGAUUUUGAGCUUGCCUCCUGUUCAGUGACUCUUUCCCCAGCAGAGCGCUGCUGCAGUGACUUGGAGUGAGGAAUGGAAGGAAGAGGAGUGGGAAGAUUCCUCUUUUUCCCAGUGGGAGCUCUGCUGCUCUGAUGCAGCACAAUCCAUGUCCAAGCAGUGCCUUGGAUUGCAUUGAUUUUUUUAAUAAUUUUGAGCACUUCCUCCUCUGGCAGUGCUGGCCUGUCCCAGCCUGGGCUGUCAGAGGGAAUUUUUAAAUUUUCUGCACCUUUUCCCCCUCCCCACCAAAACUUUUGGGGACACACCCUGAGCUCUGGUGGUGCCUGUGGGUUCCCAGCUGUGGGAUUACAGCAAACUCCUCCCUCCCUGCUGAGCAGUGAUGGAUCCAUGUCCUGGAGGGACCAGCACGUCCCAUCAGUGCCACCAAAUGUCCCGAGGACGCGGAGCUGGAUCCGCAGUGGGAAAUUCUGGGGGUGAAUUCGGGAGCUGGAGCAGCACAACCCUCGCUCCCUGUGGAGCAGAGACCCCAAAACUGGGUCAGGAAUUCCUCCUCACCCCCUGUGUGGGGCACAGCCCCUUUCUCCCCCUUUAUUGGGGCAGGGGGGUGAGGAGGGGGCUGUAAACCCCCUUUGUGUGGCCCCACAAGGGCCCUUUGCACUUUUGGGACAGCCUCCACCCCUCACCCCAAACUGCUUUUGGCAACUGCUGCUGAAUUGCCUUCCCACCAUUCCCCUGCAGCCAGGAGGGAAUUUGGGGUAGGAAACAGCUCCCUGAAAAACCCCCCCUGCUGUUUUAGUGGGGCUGGGGAAGAGGAGGAGGAGGAGGAGGAGGAAGAGACUUUGUGGGAUAAAAGGAAAGGAAAGAACCACUCCCCAAUUCCCUUUGGUGGCACUUUCUCCCCCACACAUCCCAGGUAUUUGUGGUGGAGGGCAGUUCUGGACAAAAAAUUGGUACAAAUUGAGGAGAAUUUAUAGGAAACUCACACUUCAGGGCUGGAGUUCUGUGUGUUUAAUUCUGGAUUUGCUAUUCCAUGAUUCUCUGAUGGUACAGAAUCACCCUGCUCCUGUUUUGGGUUUGGAUUUCAGCAAAAGACCUUCAGUAAUUGGGGUUUUUUUACCUCCUUGGGUGGUUUAACUGAAAAUUGCUGUGUCCUGGUUCCUGGUGAAUUAGGACUGCUUUGCUCUGGCAAAUUAUUCCUCCUGCCUGUCUUAUUUAGAGGGGGGAGCUGGUAAAACAGGCACUCAUCACCUUCACUAAAAAAUCUGAGUUUUCAUUCUCUGUACCUGAAAAGAAUUUAAACAGUGAAGGUUAAGAAAUUUAGAAUUACUUGUGCUCCACUGUUUUAAUGAAAAGCUGAAAUACCUGGGCUAGAGUUCUCCCAUGCAAAUACUGCCAAAUUUGGGGUUAGAAGUGCUUAAAAAUACCCUUUUCUGCACCCUUGGUUUUAGAAACAGGGAGAACUGAUUAGGAAGAAAAUUGAAGUGCCUUGCUGAAUUUUACUUCAUUGUCUUAAAGAAAAAAAAAAAGAAAAAAAUGGCUUUUAAUCCUAUAAAUAUUUAAUCCUAUAAAUAUUUCUAGUUCUUUGUAGAACAUGAGAGAAGUACCUAAUUUUUUAAAGGAGCUGUCACGAAACCCCUUAAGAUUCAGGUGUUAUUUAUUGACUUUUGUACUUGCACCUUAAAGUGUUUCAGCAAAGAGCUCUCCUUAGAGCUGGAAAAUCCUGCCCAGGCCCCACUCCCUGCUCAGAGCAGCAGAAAAUUCCCAAUUCCUGCUCCAUCCUAUUAUAGAAUCUUGGAGUGGUUUGGGUGGGAAGGGCUUUAAAGAUCCCCCAGGGACAUUUCCACUGUCCCAGGCUGCUCCAGCCUGGCCUUGGACACUUCCAAGGAUCCAGGGGCAGCCCCAUUUCUUUGGAUAAUCUGGAAUUCCUGGGAAUUUUGCAGGAAAACCUCUUCCAUCAUCACUUUGAUACCUCCCAGUGCCUCUUUGGUGCCUGCACCUCUCACCCUGCGCCUCUUCCUCCAGAAGUGCCUCGAAGAAUCAACCAAAAAUCCAAAGGAAUUUUUGGUAAAAAUCUCUUUCACAGCAUUUCUUGAUUUCCAGCCCCUCUGUGUGUGCCUCGGGGAGUUUUCCCCCCCCACAUUUACUGUCGGUUAACAUCUGGAAAAAAUGUCAAAUAAAACCCCCCCACAAGCUGCACAAAAGGAAGAGUCGUUACUUGAGCUGGGUGUAAAACCCCGAGCAGACAGGAAAAGGAUUUCCCUGGGCAGCUGUGAGUGUUUGUGAGUGUUUUGCUUAAAAAAAGCCAAACAAACCUCCAAAAAAACUGCUCUUUGAUUAAAGCAGGUCCCAAAUCCCCAUCCAGGGGCAGCGUGGGAGGAAUGGGGUGAAAUAAUUCUGGUUUUUAAAACAACUGCAAGGGGAAAGCCAAGAAAUAUCUUAAGUUUUGUUGAUGUCAGUGGGUAAAAACUUGAAAUUUUAGAAUAGGAAUCGGAAAAUUGUCUUUAUUCUCUUUUAUUUGUGGCCUGAUUAGGAGUGAGCAACUUGGGGGAAAUGAAGGAAUUUAUUUUUCUCUGCUUUCACUCUGUGCCCUCUGCGUGACUCUGGGCCAACUGUUCCCGUUUCCUUUUCAUUUCUCCUUCCUGGAAAUUCAAUUUGUGGCCCUGAGACUCAAAAACCACACGAAUUUCAAGGUGUAUUUUGUGAAUUGGUGGCUGCACUCUGUGGGACCACACAGCUGGAGGGUUUUACUGCAGCCUCAGUAAGUCAACAAUAUCAAAAUUUGGCUUUUUUAUUUUUAAUUCCUUGCUGUUAUGCAGAAGGAUUUUAAAGGCAGGGUCCUGACCAUUGUAAAAUUCAGUAUUAUGGUUGUGUAAAGAGGAAAAACGGGAUUUUAAUCCACAUCAAUCAGUCACUGGUGCAGCUUUGCAGAGGUUUGAAAUAAAAAUUUGACAUUGCUCGGCUGGUAGUUGUUGUUUUCCUGUCUCAACAGUCC